GCAUACGUGCUUCAUCAAGAGUGUAACUGACGUCAGAGAUAUAAUUCCGCUUCAAUUACUUAAGUAGAUGAAGAAUAAUGAUAAAUGACAAUGGAUAAGACCUAUAUCGCCAUUGUACUUCAUAGCUUUGGAACAGAUGAACUUUCUAAAUCAGUUCAUGACUCAUUAUGUAGCGUUGCAUCCGAGCUAUUCUCACAAUUAAUUUCAUUGAAGUUCAUCAACCCUCUCUGAUACUGUGUCUGUUGAUGUGAAGAUAAAUCAUCUGGUAUCUUUUUUAGACGAGAAUGCAGUAGUAAUCCAGUGAAUAAAGCUCAAACUCUUAGAAAAACUACUUCUACAGUUGGACGUUAGUGCUUACAAGUUUCAUAAACAAACUAUGUACUGAUCGAAAAUGAUAUAGCUUUACCCAUUGUGUUGAUGAGAUGGAAGAUUCAGAAACAUCUAGAGAUGCCAAUAUUUAAGCUAACGAACUCAUCUUUUGGAUAAAGAAUGACCAUAGAUUAAACUUUAAUUCUAUUCGAAAACAUCAAGAAUUAAUUAUGUAUCUGAUAAAAAAGUAGUGCAAAAUUGGGUAGACAGUCAUUGUCAGAUUAAAAAGUUUCAUGCAAAAAAAAGGUGUCAUUCAUCAUAACUCUUUUUGUACUUCAGCUAUCGAAACAGAAUUGCGUCUGUGGCCUUCACUCUUGACUAAGUAUAUGCACAAAAAUUUCCAAGAUUCUAACAUUUAUAAUGACUGAUAUCCUCGAGGAAGGAGACUAUUCUCCACUACUAUAAUAGACCAAUAGUGAAUUGAUCACAAUGAAAAUAGGUAUCGUCAUCUUAACUUGACGGAAUUAGUUGAUUCUUUUUAUCGGUGAUAAAGGAGUUUGUAUAGUUGAGAUUGAUCAGAUAAACAUUGAACAGAAACUUUUUUUAGGUAUCAAUAUAAACUUUGUUUUAAAAGAAAGAAAACUAAAUAAACGUUUAUAAUUACUUUGAUAAUGUAAUUUUUUGUUGUUUGUUCUUUUUUUUUUAUUCAUCGUUACAUCAAAAAACAAACAAAAUUUUUAUUCAAAUUAGAAGUCAUACUCUGAAACAUAUUUUAUCAGUAUGAUAGAUGAAUCAAACCAUUUGGUCAAACUAUAAUUAAAUUAUUUUACUUCUUUUUCAGUAAAAUAAUAUUUGAAUUAUUAACUAUUCCUUUGUAUAAUUUAAAACUGAAUAGCAAUCCAUUGAUUCUUUAUUUAAAGAAUAGACCGAAAGUUUCUAGACAAAAUAUUUGACUAUUUUUCGUAUAUUAAAUGCAUUGGAAAAGAGUGAGAAACAGUGUAUUAGAAUCAAAAUUUUGCACUCUGUUAGAAUUAUUCUGUGACUCUUGAGUGUGGAGCAUGUAAGUAAAUCUUGAUAGGACGCAAAAAAAAAUCUAGAGAGGCAAAAAUCUUACUCUCCAAAUGAUAGAAGAAUGGACUUUUGAUUAAUCUGCUAAAAGAUAGCAGAGUUGUGUCCUUUACUUUUCUACAAGAUUUACUACUUUGUAGAGAAUUAUUUCCUCUAUCUUUCAAUAUAUUCGAUAAAAUUCUGUGACAUGUCUCUAACAAAUUUUACUGAGGCUUUCUCUAAAAACCAAUUUUCUGAGUCAUUUCAAAAUUCAUUUAUAACUCAAUAGCCACAGAAAAAUUUCAAGCAUAUAUUCUGAAACAAAAUAUAUUUUUAAUUUUCAUAUGAUACUAAUGCAUUUAAAUACGUGAAAAAUAGUCAAAUAUUUAUCUUCGCCGAAAUUCGAUGAUUUGCACUUAGUAAAUAUAGUGAUGUGCCAAGUUGAUAACUAACUCGAGUAGGUAAUUAAUAAAGGCCAUACCGUAAUUCACAUAUCAUAGUUGAAUAGAUGCUAUGUAUACGAUAAUUAUUCAGAAAGAGUGAACGUAAGGAAUGAUCGCCAAAAUGAAACUCAUGAACAUAGAUAAUCGAAAGGUGUUCGACGAUCUUCAUUCUGAUGCACUUCAUCUCAAUGAUCUCUAUUUCGGCGAUGAGAUAUACAACCACAUAUUUUGUCUAGAAACUUUUGAUCCGUUCCUUAUAUCAAUCUGUUAUAACUAUUCGUUUAUUUUAGUUCUGAAUAUCGUACAGAUGAUUGUGCACGUAUUGUUCUUGAUAAACUUGAACAACUUGGUUAUCAUGUAAUUUCCAUGACAGGCAUUGGUCAAACAUGUAUUUGGCUUUUACAUAAAGAUUAA